AUCAACGGUGCUAUCCUAAACGACUACCAAAUCAUCAAGGAAAUUGGUUCUGGUGCUUAUGGUAUAGUAUACUUGGCUAAGCAUAUUAUAACUGGUCAACAAGUUGCAAUUAAAUCAAUCUCCAAAAUCAUAAACAAAUCAAAACCAUCUUCAAACAUAAAGCAAAGUGAUUAUUUAUCAUCUGAAUUAUUAGAAUAUUUCCAUGAGAAUGAUUUCAAGAUCCAAGGUUUAAAUUCAUUAAAUUUAAAAUUAUUAAGUGAUUUUAGUUCAUCAACUACAAAAUGUUGUUCAUUUAUAAAAGAAAUCACAAUCCAUUUAAAAGUCCAUGAUCAUCCAAAUGUUAUUACAAUCCACAAGAUAAUAGAUUCCCCAGUUGCAUUAUUCAUAAUAAUGGAUUAUUUCCCCGAGGGUGAUUUAUUUAUAAACAUAGUGGAUCGUGCCAAAUAUUCAUCAGAUCCAAUGUUGAUUAAAAGAGUCUUCAUCCAAUUAAUAGAUGUCAUCUCUUAUUGUCAUUCCAAAAACAUCUAUCACUGUGAUAUCAAACCUGAGAAUAUAAUGUGCUGUCAAAAUGGGGCCAAUUUAUGUAUUGGUGAUUUUGGACUAGCUGUGGAAUCCCAUUUUAUCAAUGCAAAGACAUGUAUUGGAUCUUCAUACUAUAUGCCACCUGAAAGAUUGAUCUCAAUGAAUGAGGGCAACAACAACAAGACUACAACAACUGCAGCAGGUAAAUGUCCUUUCAAUCAUGGCAAUUCAUUACCAAAUGAUCUAUCUGCAUCUUCAUUCCCUGCUGAAGCCGGUGAUUUAUGGUCCCUUGCUAUAAUAUUGAUCAAUCUGACAUGUACGAGAAACCCAUGGAUGAAGGCUUGUGAGAUUGAUAAUACUUAUCGAGCAUUCCUCAAGAAUAAAAAAGUGCUAAAGGAUAUCUUGCCAAUAAGUGAUGAAUUAUAUGAAAUUUUAUGCUUAUGCUUAGAAAGAGACCCUUUCAAAAGAAUAACUUUGUUUCAAUUAAGAGAUUUGGUGUUGAAUUGUAAAUCAUUCACCACAUCAGGUGCCCUAAGU